ACACGUGACAAUAAAGCUCAUUCAAUUCCGAUCAAUUCAAUAUUGAUCUAAGAGCUAAACACUGCCUGGACCUGCGCGCUCCCAGGACACAGGCGAGUCACCAACUUGUCUCCCAGAGGGUUGUGAGUCUUCGGAACUCUCCUCAAACGCAAGUAGAAACGGAGUGUUUGCAAGGCCGAGUUGGCUGGAUAAGCAAGGGGAAUGAGUGUAGUGAAGUUUUCCCAGGCUGAUUCCGGGGACGCUGGGACUGACGUACGAGGAGAGAUUGACGAGAUUGACUCUCCCUUCCCCCCCACACCCCGUCCUCUCUCUCUCGCUGUCUCCAGGAUGGAAGCCUGGAUCCUGCUUUUCGCCGUGCUGAUCCCAUCCAGCUUGGUCUCGGCAACUCGGAACGUCACCAAAGGAUGCCGGAAGAUCAGGCCGCCCCCGGACGGCGGGAUCCGUUACCCGGGGCUGACCCAGGAGCAGAUCCAUUCCAUUGAGAUCCUUCCCGUGGCCUACGAGAUCGAGUUCGUCUGCAGGGUCAACCGAGAGCUGGAUGGGCCCCGGGUCCGCAAGUGCCUGGCCAAUGGCAUGUGGACAGAGAUGGACAAACGCAGCCGCUGCCGUAA